CCGAGCGUUCGGAAUGAGAACGGGGUGACACGGCCGGGGCGGGGCGCGGCCGCUGGCCUAGUUCUCCCGGGCGGUUUCGGCCCGGCGCCUGGGGUCAGCGUAGUGGGGCUCGGGGCCGGAGAGAGCCUGUGGCAUCCGAACGGGGCCUCCUCCGAUGCUGUCGACGAUUUCCCGCUAAACGUGGCGGAGCCUGGAGGGCGUUUCUUUAAUAUAUUUUAAAUCUUAGUUGCGGUGUACACUCUUCAGGAAAUCUCUCCAGAGUGUAGCCUCCAUCCCCGGCUCCCAUUCCCCAGGGUCCUCUGAGACGUGGAAACUGCAGAAACUUAGCCGCCCAGUGACCUUUCUCCUGUCAAGGCCAGCAUGCCCUCCGGCAAGUUGCGGCAAGAACAGAAUGACUGAGAACAUGAAGGAGUGCUUGGCGCAGACCAAGGCUGCUGUGGGGGACAUGGUGACAGUGGUGAAGACGGAGGUCUGCUCGCCUCUCCGCGACCAGGAAUAUGGCCAGCCCUGCUCUAGGAGACCAGAUCCCUCGGCCAUGGAAGUUGAGCACAAGAAACUGAAGGGGAAGCGUGACCUCAUCAUGCCCAAAAGCUUUCAGCAAGUGGACUUCUGGUUCUGUGAGUCCUGCCAGGAAUACUUUGUGGAUGAGUGCCCGAACCAUGGGCCCCCAGUGUUUGUGUCCGACACGCCAGUGCCUGUUGGCCUCCCAGACCGGGCAGCUCUCACCAUCCCACAGGGCAUAGAGGUGGUCAAGGAAGCCAGUGGAGAGAACGACGUGCGAUGCAUAAACGAAGGGUCAUUCCCAAGGGCCACAUCUUUUGGCCCAUAUGAGGGGCAGAUCUCCACUCAGGACAAAUCAGCUGGCUUCUUCUCAUGGCUGAUCGUGGACAAGAACAACCGCUACAAGUCCAUAGAUGGAUCGGAUGAGACGAAAGCCAACUGGAUGAGGUACGUGGUCAUCUCCCGGGAGGAGAGGGAGCAGAACCUGCUGGCGUUCCAGCACAGCGAGCGCAUCUACUUCCGGGCGUGCCGGGACAUCCGGCCCGGGGAGCAGCUGCGGGUCUGGUAUAGCGAGGACUACAUGAAGCGCCUGCACAGUGUGUCCCAGGAGACCAUCUACCGCAAUCUGGCCAGAGGAGAGAAGAGGUUGCAGAGGGAGAAGUCUGAGCAGGCUCUGGAUAACCCAGAAGAACUGAGGGGUCCCCUUCAGCUCCCCGUGUUGAGACAGGGCAAAAGUCCCUACAAGCGUGGCUUUGACGAGGGAGACGUGCACCCUCAGGCCAAGAAGAAGAAAAUUGACCUCAUUUUCAAGGAUGUGCUGGAGGCCUCAUUGGAAUCUGCAAAUGCAGAAGCCCACCAGUUGGCACUGAGCACCUCGCUGGUCAUCAGGAAAGUCCCCAAGUAUCAGGACGACGCCUAUAGCCGGUGUGCAGUGGCCAUGCCCCAUGGCCUACAGAACGUCAGCCGGACCCAGGGGGAAGGGGCCUGGAAGAUCCCCCAAGGCACCUCCAAGGAGCCAGGCCCACUGGAGGAUGAAGAAGAGGAGCCUUCGUCAUUCAGGGCGGACAGUCCGGCCGAGGCCUCCCUUGCAUCUGACCCUCGCGAGCUUCCCACCACCUCCUUUUGCCCUAACUGUAUCCGCCUGAAGAAGAAGGUCCGGGAACUCCAGGCAGAACUAGAUAUGCUUAAGUCUGGGAAGCUUCCCGAGGCCCCCGUAUUGCCACCCCAGGUACUGGAGCUCCCUGAGUUCUCAGACCCUGCAGCCUCAGAGAGCAUGGUCUCCGGCCCUGCCAUCAUGGAGGAUGAUGACCAGGAAGUUGAUUCGGCAGAUGAGUCUGUCUCCAACGACAUCAUGACGGCGACCGACGAGCCCUCCAAGAUGUCCUCGGCCACCGGACGCCGGAUCCGGCGCUUCAAGCAGGAGUGGCUGAAGAAGUUCUGGUUCCUACGGUACUCCCCAACCCUCAACGAGAUGUGGUGCCACGUCUGCCGCCAGUACACCGUGCAGUCCUCGCGGACCUCCGCCUUCAUCAUCGGCUCCAAGCAGUUUAAGAUCCACACCAUCAAACUCCACAGCCAGAGCAACCUGCACAAGAAGUGCCUGCAGCUGUACAAGCUCCGCAUGCACCCCGAGAAGACAGAAGAGAUGUGUCGCAACAUGACGCUGCUCUUCAACACCGCCUACCACCUGGCUCUCGAGGGGAGGCCCUACCUGGACUUCCGGCCACUGGCUGAGCUCCUGAGAAAGUGCGAGCUCAAAGUGGUGGACCAGUACAUGAACGAGGGUGACUGCCAGAUCCUCAUUCAUCACAUCGCCCGGGCACUGCGGGAAGACUUGGUGGAGCGCAUCCGCCAGUCCCCAUGCCUCAGCAUCAUCCUGGAUGGGCAGAGCGACGACCUGCUGGCCGACACAGUGGCCGUCUACAUUCAGUACACCAGCAGUGAUGGUCCCCCGGCCACGGAGUUCCUGUCCCUGCAGGAGCUGGGGUUCUCCAGCACAGAAAGCUAUCUUCAGGCGCUCGACCGGGCCUUCUCUGCCCUGGGAAUCCGGUUGCAGGAUGAGAGGCCGACUGUGGGUUUGGGCAUAGAUGGAGCCCAUGUCACGGCCAGCCUCCGCGCCAGCAUGUUCAUGACAAUCCGCAAGACGCUGCCCUGGCUGCUGUGCCUGCCCUUCAUGGUGCACCGGCCCCACCUGGAAAUCCUGGAUGCCAUCAGUGGGAAGGAGCUCCCCUGCCUGGAGGAGCUGGAGAACAACCUGAAGCAGCUGCUGAGCUUCUACCGCUACUCGCCUCGCCUCAUGUGCGAGCUGCGGUCCACGGCCUCCACCCUCUGCGAGGAGACAGAGUUCCUUGGGGACAUCCGGGCUGUGCGGUGGAUCAUUGGUGAGCAGAACGUGCUCAACGCCCUCAUCAAGGACUACCUGGAGGUGGUGGCCCACCUCAAGGACGUCAGCAGCCAGACCCAGCGGGCAGACGCCUCGGCCAUUGCCCUGGCCCUGCUGCAGUUCCUCAUGGACUACCAGUCCGUCAAGCUCAUCUACUUCCUGCUGGACGUGAUUGCCGUGCUCUCCCGCCUGGCCUACAUCUUCCAGGGUGAGUAUCUGCUGGUGUCCCAGGUGGAUGACAAGAUCGAGGAGGCCAUCCAGGAGAUCAGUCGGCUGGCCGACUCCCCCGGGGAAUACCUGCAGGAGUUCGAGGAGAACUUCCGAGAGAGCUUCAAUGGGAUCGCGAUGAAGAACCUCAGGGUGGCAGAAGCCAAGUUCCAGUCCAUCAGGGAAAAGAUCUGCCAGAAGACCCAAGUGAUUCUUGCACAGAGGUUCGAUUCCCGCAGCCGGAUCUUUGUGAAGGCCUGCCAGGUGUUCGACCUGGCCACCUGGCCCCGGAGCAGCGAGGAGCUCCUGAGCUACGGCAAGGAGGACGUGGUUCAGUUAUUUGAUCACCUGGAGGCCAUCCCGACCUUUUCCCGGGAUUUCUGCAGGGAAGGGCUGGACCCCCGGGGGAGCCUGCUGAUGGAGUGGCGAGAACUCAAGGCUGAUUACUAUACCAAAAAUGGCUUCAAAGACCUGAUCGGCCACAUUUGCAAGUACAAACAGAGGUUUCCACUCUUGAAUAAGAUCAUCCAGGUCCUGAAAGUCCUCCCCACGUCCACAGCAUGCUGCGAGAAAGGCCGCAACGCCCUCCAGCGAGUACGCAAAAACCACCGCUCGCGCCUCACCCUGGAGCAGCUCAGCGACCUCUUGACAAUUGCGGUAAAUGGACCCCCAAUUGCCAACUUUGAUGCCAAGCGCGCCCUGGACAGCUGGUUCGAAGAGAAGUCUGGCAACAGUUACACACUGUCUGCUGAGGUCCUCAGCAGGAUGUCCGUGCUGGAGCAGAAACCUGUGCUACAGACCGUGGACCACGGGUCAGAGUUUUACCCAGACAUUUAAGGGAGCUGGCACCGGAGAUUUCACUAAGCUGUUGAAUAUUUUUUUAAUCUAUACUCAUAAGCUUUGAUAUAUUAUAUAAAUAUAUAUAUUAUAUAUAUAUAUAUAUAUAUAUAUAUAUAUAUAAACCACACUGAAAAAUUUUAAAACCACGGUGACGCGUCCACCAGAAGCUACUGGGAGCUUUCAGAAAGGACUAAUGUUGGAAACGGACUCUUCGUCUACAAAAGUUGGCAGCUGCAACAUAACAUGGUGACUCAUUUUCACUCACGGAAGCAUGUGUGGGAGCCACACGUGUUCCCACCCAACAGUCAACCAACAGCAUAAGCUAAAGUGACAGGUCUCUGUCAUCACCUUUAGGUAGCUCACCCUGUUUACGUUGUCAUUGGGGGUUUGCAGGGCCUUGGGUUUGGGUUUGGGUUUAUGAUCUUGCCUUUCCUUUUCCCGGCGGGUUUUAGGAUGGGGCUUUCUUGGCCUCUUCGUUGACGUUCUGGUCUAGCUGAAUCAGUUCUCUGACUGGGGACAGGGUGGGUUGGUUUAUCUGGAAUGGGGAGUUUGGUCUUUCUCCUUCCCCAACCUGAUUUCAGCUUGAGGGAUUUUUAAUCAUUUCCUGGUGAGGGUUCCUUUGACACCCACCGCUCCCCACCUCCGUCACCAAUCCCACCUCCAGGUCUUUGCUUCUCUCCUUUCAGCCUCCUGGAUGUUAGAUAGUCCCUGUUAUACCGAAGGCAGCGUUGCCUUACAGCCAAUCUUGAAAUCCUGGGGGAGGGAGAGAGGGUGAGCUUUUUGCAGUGCUCUUUUUACACGUGGAGAAUAAAACAAAAUAAAUUCCGUUCAGAUCCAAGGCUAUUAGGAAGAUAAAGAGCCAAAAAGUCCAGACCCCAAUAGGGCAGUGAUUUUUGGCUAAAAGAAAAAAGUUAAAUGAAAAGUAUAUAUUCAAUUGACAUAAAUUAUUUAUACUCUGUCUUUAUAAUCAUGUAAUGGGGUGGGGGCAUUUUUUUCCUGUAAUAAUCAAGAAAUACCUGCUAUAAUUCAGUGGCAGGAUCUGUCAAUGUAAGACCUGCCCUGGGUUUUGCAUAACUCAAAAGAGAGUCUCUCGAGAGAUUUAGUUCUUCUUUAGCGACAAGUCUGAUAACAUGCUUUACAGUCCGGCAGAAGGUCGUGGGAAAGUUGGUAAUGUAUCUAUGCCUGUGAACUCUUCCUCUUUUGAACAGGGUAGAGAAAAGGAAAAAGCAAGAGGUAAGACAGGACUCUCCAGGCAUCAGCCUGCACACACUCACACACACACACACAACCACAGUAUAAGCUUUAGAAAUAGUCACUGGCCUACUCCCUGGGGCAAGCAGUGGUUUAAGCUAGAGGAGUCUGAUCAGUGAUCUGUAAUUUAACUACCGGUAUACCUCGCAAGGGAGUUAAAAAUGUGCGUGAGCUGUUAGGAACUUCUGUUCAUGUUUCUACAUCUGCUAUGUGCAUAUUUUAUAUGCAGCGUUCCUAUGAUAUGGACACAGGUCGUAUCUGGUGGAGGGAGGAAGAUCUGAAGGGCACGUGGUCAGUUCUGCUGCAAGCUGCCCCUCUCCGUUAGCAGAGAGCCGGCCGAGGAGGGCAUGCUCUGGCCAAGGCGAGGUCCCUGUGUCCUCCACCUGCUCGGCUCACACAUCAUAAAACUGUGGUGGCUUCCUUCCUCCCUGGUUUAUCUUGCCUCAGAGGCCUCAUGCCACCACUGAGAACCAUUGUGGAAAUGUCAUCAACACUGAAUGUCACCCUCCCUUCCUCGUCCUGCCAGUCCCCUCAGCCCCCACAGACCUCUCCCCCACUCCCAUGGUCUUGGUGCUAAGAUAACUUUAGAAUCAUUGCUGCUAGUCAAUAGCUUUCAUUAUAUAAAUAUAUAUAUAUACAUUAUAUAUUAUUUUUUUGCAACUUUUUUGUUUGUUUUCAACAGUGAUGUAGCAUGUUAAAAAAAACAACCACAAAAAUACUGGUUUCCUCCAAUUGUCCCACUGCCAGGCCUCAUAUGCUGCCUUCUUCAACAAAUCAGUGCACCCCUGCCUGGUGACGUUCACCCCACCCCAGCCCGGUUGCACAUGGGCUUUCCCACCCUCCUCCUCGGAACAAGGAGAGAGUUAGCAGGAACUGGCAACAGAAGACCCACAGCCCUUUCCUGAUGCUUUGCAAUCCCCAGCCUCGUUCUGCUUUCCCACUUUGAGUUGAGGUUGCCUCUCCCUCCACCUGCCCCUGCCAUCCAGGUUGAAGCAUAACUGUGGUCAAGCGGGACACCUGCAAAGCACAGGUUCCCAUCCUUCCCUCCUGGACUUCCUCUCCACGCACACACUCCAGCUGCCGGGACUGCGGGAUCGUGCACCGAGCAGUGUGGAGACUGAGAGAGGGGUUGGGUGGAGGAGGCUGGCGAGUUGGGCUUCAGCGGGGCAGAAGCAGUGGGUCGGAAUCCUUUCUUCUAGCCAACAGUUGCCUUACACUUUCUCCUUCCUCCCUCUGCUCCUCCCCACCUUCUACCUGGGGUCAUCCCCUAGACCACUCAUUUGGAAACAAGGAAGAGAGAUCACUAAUAUCUGCAGACUGUUUCCUCUCCAGGGGGUGUGGCCAAAAUUAGCUCAAAUCUUCAUCUAGAGGUUAAAAGAAAAAAUCCAUGGGGUUGAUGCCAGUGUCAGUUCCGUAUCUCCCAGGAAGGCUGGUAAUAGGUGACUUGCCUCUGAUCCUUGGAGAAUGAGCUGUUCCUAGCAGCACGUGGAGCUCCCCGAAGGGGCUGGAAGCUCGGCAGAGGCACCUGUAGAACUCUGGGUCAUCUUGACUUCUGCUGAAGUGGCAGAUGGCAUGAAGGUUGCUUUGCCUUGGAGCAGGGAGUAAUGAGGGAGCAGCUGGGGUUGCAGGCCGCUGCAGUUUAUGCAGCGUCUUUUCUCAUCCAGGAUGCUCCUUGGGAGCCUCGGUGCUUCUCUUUUGUGAAUUCUGCUUGUAUUAGCCAUGAUUUCUGUCGUGGGCUGUCCCACUCCUCUGCCUCCUUGAGAACUCUUGGGUUGAUGGGACCCUUGGGAUCAAACCCAGGGAUCCAUUUGUCUGGCUGGCCUGACUUCCCUUUGGUGGGAAUAAAAGGCCACAUAGAGGCAGACCUUGCGUCCAGAAUGCGGCUGCUUUAGGUGGAGCCCUGGCUUCGGAGUGACAACCAGAGCUAGCUUACAAUGAAAUGAUUCUCCCUCUGGGAUUGAGGCUUGUCCUAGUUGAGCUAGCUGAGGGAACGGUUAGUGACCUUUUUUUGGCUCAUGGAGUGGGUAGAAAGUGAGUUCAACUUUGAGGCCCAGAUUCGUGGCCAAUUUUGUCAAUCAGAUACAGUGCAGAGCCGGGGAGCCAGAAACUCCUAUGAUUAAAACUAUCUGCUCUUCUUUAAUGGAGGGGGGAUGAGGCGGGUAAGACACAUUGACAUCUGGUAUCUGUGUAACAGCCCAGGUCCAUCUGCAACUCUUGCCAUUUCAGAAUCUUCAGAUUUGCCUGCCUGGGUGAAUAGGAAGUCCAGGUGUCAGAAGCAACAGCCCCCCGCCCCCAACCCAUUUUUUUUCAAUUGACUGCCUGCUGACACUCCGCAGUGCCAAGCAGACCCUCAGUUCCCUACCCUUACUUGGGAAUAAGAACAUUCCCGAGCUCCAGGAUCCCUGGAUGGCUGGAUUUUGCACUGGGCCUGUGAAUCUCUGGCAGUUGGGGGGUCUCUGAUCCCAGCCCCUGCCAUCUGUUUCCAUGUUGUGUUGUUUUACUGAUUCCCCUCCCCCAUUUAUUUAGGAGGAAGGGUCUUGUAACUAUUUAAGGUAAUGCUUAAAUAUGUUCCGUUUGCUCGGAGGUGAUGCCAAGAAGAAGAAAACAGAGAAAGGCAUGUAGAGGGCUGGAAUGAUAGUAGAGACUGAAAUGGACCACUCCUGGGUCUUCAGUUUUGUCUCUCUGGGACUUGGCCCAGCUCAGGCCCUGGGAUGGCAUUACUUUAGCUGCUCACCUGGAGCCUAAAGAGAUCCAGGAGGUGGCUUGGGGGUUAAAAUUUAACUUCUGUCUUCUAGAUUCCUCUCCCUUCUUUGUCCCUCCCACCCCCUCUGGGAACAGGAAUUCUAUAUCUAGAUUUGGUUUGGGGUUGAUGUCCAAACAGAAGGCUUUAUUCAAGCUUUUUCCUGGUGCAUACACCCGGUUUGGGCAGAUCUCAGGUUGCUCUGAUCGCCAGUCUCCCUCGCCUGUAGAGACAGGCCCAGCUGAGCCAGGCUAUGACAACCAAGGGGAGCUGCCUGGCCUCCUUAGACAAGGAAGGGGGGAGGUUCAGAGGGCAGGUAUGCUUGGAAUAGUCUGAUUCCAGACACCAGCCUCCUGGGGGGCGUUGAGGGCCCUGGUGCUGCUUCGUCGUGGGCUCUAGUCUGGUUUCCUCUUCACAUCCUCAGGAGGGAAGUUUCUGUCAAGAGCCACACAAGGCCCUUCGCCCGCUUGGACAGAGGCCCUUUUCUUGCUCUCUGUCAGUCAAGAUGCUUGAGCUGUGAUAUUUUAAAGAGCCUUUGAGGUGAUCUUUGUGUGUUAGCCUGAGGGAAAAAGUGCCCUUUUGGGAGGAAAAUGGUACGGCCCUCCCCUUCCGUCUGGUACUCCCUUCCCCCAUCUCACCCCUUCAAGUGGUUUUGCCCUGGAAAUAACCUAUGCAAUCCAGUCUCCCUAGGAGUGAGUGCAUGGAAGCAGGGGCCUGUGCAGUGUAUAAAACAGAUGCUACAGCAUAUAUAUUGUAUAUAUGGACAUAUAUAGUACGUAUACACACAGAGUAAGAGAUUAAAUCACGUCUAUAUAUCUAUAAAUAAUAUCCUAUAUAUUUAUACAUUUCUAUGUUUUAAAUAGUUAUAAAAAUAGAGUCUAUAGAGAGCUGGGAGAACAGCGGGACAGCCUGCCGCUGUGCUGUGCAAAGGGGGAGGAGGCAGAGCCUUCGUUGGGGGAGCCGUGGAAGCUGAGCAGGCUGGAAACGGGGCCUCCCACCCGGAGUGUGGGAGAGGAUGGCCCGCCUCGCGCCUCCAAGAGGUCUGGGUCCCACCUCCCCGUGCACUUUCUCUCCUUUCCCCCCCAGGCUUGGUCUGAGGUUGGAAGGAGAUUCUCACCCCCUGAGUUCCAGCUGAAGUGCCCCCUACACCCCCCACCCCCCGCAAGCCUAUACUUAGGUGGUCACUGCUGCUUGGCAGCAGGGCAUGGUCUCUGCCCUCUGGUGAAGAGACAACUUCACAACUUCCCCCCAGUCCCCCAGGAGUUAGCAGCAUUGGUGGCAGUAGGAAAAGUGCCGAUUGGAUGAUUGGAUGAAGAGUGGUCCAGGAGAGAUGCUGCCCCUCCGCUCUUGGCUGCUUCUGCUGCCCCCUGGAGGCCAAACCUCUGAAGUACAGCCGUCCUGGCCUCCCUCACCCACUCAACCACUGUCUCCUGGGCGGGGAGUGGUGAGGUGGGCAGCCAGAGCAUCACCUGGCGGUGCUGUCCGCCACCCGGAGGCUUCCCACACCAGGGAAGGGGACACCAGGGAAGGGUGGGAGAGACAUAUCCGCACACUCACAAAUUCAGUGGCAACUCCAGUUCAGACGCGGGGCUCGGCCCAGACAACUUUGCACAGCCGCUGCUUCUGGCUGUUCUCAGGACAAUGCUUUUCUGCUUUUCCCUCAACAGGCAGGUUUAGUUCAAGUACACUGUUCUGAUUCUUGUGACGCCCUGCACUCAGCCUCUUCCAUUGUGAGGGGCGCCCUCCUCGGUCGUCCCCAGCUCCUGCCCCAAGCAGGGGGUCAGGGGGACCGUGGGUGGGCAGCUGGGGCCUGGGUGCAGCUGGCAGCAUGCCAGAGGGCUUGUGCCACCCUGCUGGGAAUCAGAAGCCCAUUUUGCUUCCAGUUUUCUCUCUGCCGUUUGUUUCCCCUGAAGGUAGGAGUUGGGGGUCUGAUGAGGCCAAGGUAAUGGGGGCAGAGGCACCUGCAACCUCUGCUCAGGAGAACAGCCUUCUGCCUUACGGCUUGACAAAGGCACUCGUGUCCCAUCCCUGCAGCCUCGUCCCCUUGGACCCCCAUCCUCCUCUUCCCUGCCAUCCCACAAUGUACCUCAGUCUCUGGCAGAGCAGAGCCACCCCUACUACCUAAGGUCUGGGGGCUGCAUCUGUUCUGCCAGUGCCCACCUCCUGGCCCUUCCACAUCUGCCCGGGUCUCCUCCAGCCACAGCUAGCUGCCAGCCGGGUCUCGGAACACCCUCCAAGGGCCUGGCUCACGAGGGACCAGGCCCAGCCCGAGCCUUCCUCCAUGGCAAUGGAUCAGACCCACGGCCAGGGGGUGGUCAGCCCCGGGCAGCAAUCCCACAAUACACUGUACCUCAGAGAGAGAUGGCACCACGGGGCAUCACGGGGGCCUGGCCCCCUUGGUCCAGAGGACAGACAGCCGGUGACAGUGCUACUCACAAAAAGCUCAAGGUAGGCUGCCCUCGGGCACCCCUCGGUCUUCAGUUUUGUCUCUCUGGGAGAACCAGCAGUUUGGGUCUUUUUCAGCCCCGUUCUCUCUCCUUCCCUCCAUCCCCACACUGCUGAACUGUUUUAUUUCAGUCACCAAGGAAAGCUAAAGUGGGGGUGGGGGGAAAUACUUAGGAGUCUAUUAUCACAUACAUAGUGAUAUGUUAAUACUUUCUUUCUUAAAAAAUAUUUAAAAAGAACUCUCAAUGUUAUUAUUUUGCAGACUAGGCUUUAUAGUACCUGUGUGGCGGGACCUAGAACACUGGAUACAAAUAGAGCUAUGUUGGUUUAUCAUAAUAUGUACGCAGAAAUUUCCUUUUGUCAUAUUAUCCUUGUCAUGUAAGAAGAUUGUUAAUAAAAAGCAUUUAAAUUUA